AUGACAGCGCAAGAUGACGACAUGGCAGAUAACAAGAUGAUAACGACGCAAGAAGAAUCAGCAGUCGUAACUGAAGAGGACAUAACUAGCAGUAAGCCUUCCGUUUCCUGGGCCGACGGUGCCGAUUCCACGCCCACGGAGGGUAUCACGUCUGCUGCGGGCAGUAGUCUGCCGUUGAGUCCAGAGUUUUCCGAAGAAGGUUCCACCAGAGCGGCGGUUAUGGACGAAAAUAUUGUAUCGACAGUACCGGUAUUGAUCAGCACUAACGAGGUCAACAACACUGAUACUGAGGUUGCUACCGAUUCAGCACCUGCUACCCUUUCUACCAACGGUGGUGAUACAAAACCCGAAGCAGAGACACCCUGCAGUGACUUUGUGGAGAAGACCCAACCAGAGAGUGACGGUAACAAAGCAUCAGCUACCAUGACUCCUAGAGUCGAAGAUGCUGGCACCCAGAACCCUGUUUCGGUCGCUACUCUCGAGGAGACAAUCGUAGAAGAGACAGUAGCAACAGCAAAAGUCGAAGUUGCUACCCUCAAAGAAUGCACGAGCUUACCUACGACUUCCGGAAGUGUCCUUCUCCCUCCCAGCUUGAGAGACGACAGUGCCGACGAAGUGUACAUGUCCAGGAGUGAAGACUCUGGGGAUGCUAUUGUUGUGCCCAUGCUAACCCUCAGCGUGAGCGCCGACGACGAGGAUGAUGGCGUCAUUCUCCCACCCAGCUACAGCGAUGUCGGCAGCCCCAUCAGCAACAACAACAGCAAAACCAGCGGAGCAGCAGCUUCGCUCCUAUUAUCUUUACCAAUUGACUCGCUGCAUUGCGUGGCGUCUUUUCUGACACCUCUGGAAUGGUCUCAAUAUGGACAAACGUGUAGUGCUGCGGCAAAGGUUUGCCGAGAAAUUUUCCGUCGUGUACGGAUGCAUGGAUUUCGGUGUGCCACAGAGGUGGUAAUGGCGUGGAAACUAGAGCACUUGGCAGACGCCAAAGAACUGGCAGCUCUUUACAUUGCCACCGGUGUCCCCAUUUAUCCUCACUCUUUGGGACACUCGUACCAUACCGUGUGCUGGCGGAUGGGGCUUGAAGCCAAAAAGUUAAAUCAAGAGGCCGAUGCUGAGGCCGAGCAGAACAACCCCACCAACAACUCAUCCGAUCGAUCGGUGGACGAAGAAGUGGACGCCAAUGCGGUUGACCGCUUCUACACGGAACGAGAUACAAGGGCUAGGGAUGCCACCAAUGUCAUGUGCUCGUAUCUAGAAGAUAAGGCCAUGUUCUAUGUAGGGCCCACGCAGACAAAUGCGCCCAGUCCCAUGUCGGGAAGAUGGAGCUCCUUGGCAUCGUUGCCCGCGGCCGCCAAUCGAGAGCAACCAGCGGUUCCUGCGGUCAUUGCCGCUGGUGGCGCAGACGCACCGCCGGUACCUCGCCCACUAGGCUUCCGUCCGGCUUCGCCACUCGCAUCACCCGCGAGAUCAAUGUCCCAGUCGGAUCUGAUGCUCAAAAACAGAGCUCCCAAGGUCCCGGUGUCAAUACAUCGCCACCUCCUGGAUCAGCACUUGUUAGGCCGAUCCUUUGUCAACGACGAGAAUGGUGAAAUGAAAACCCCACCUGUCAUUCUAUCAGCCGACUUUUUUCAUCCUCAUUUAUCAGUACACAACAUCUCGGCGAACAACAGACCACUCUCACAUCCAGCGACACCUCCACCAAGGACGCUCGCAGCCGCGGCUGCCGCUGCAUCCUCUACGAGCGGAGCAACGGGAGAGAACCUGAUGCAGGAUCCCGCCUUUCAGGCGUGGGCGGCACGAGCCGCAGCAAACGUCUACAAUCGGUUAGGCGGAAAUUUGGAAGAUGCGGAAGAAUUGGCCGAGUUGCAGGAUUUGUAUUCACAGAUUUUUGCCGUCGACCGCAGCGCUCCUCCGGCGGCGGCGGACCCAGAGAAUGGGGUUCCGGAGCAGCCAGCAGCUCAACCGCCCGUGGCGCAGCUACCGCCUCCUCCUGCCGUUCACUUUCCAUUUGGAAGUCCCCAGCGAUCUAUUGGUGCCACGAGUUUGGAUGAUUCUCUGCUCUCCCCGGGACUAUCCAGACAUGGACAGCCAAGUCCCAUUCUGAACUCUGUGGACCUUGCGGUUUACAGUGCUUCUGCCGGCAACGCCAAAGACAACACGGGAAAAACAGGAGAAACAAAACGAAACCUUCGAUCCAGAUUCACGUUUUACCAACGUCGUUUGGAGGUGCUUCUUCUCCAUGGGGAUAGUUCUGGUUACGAAGAAUGCAUGCUGGACUUUUGGGAUGAAUUCUUCCCACUCUCCGCAAAAAUCCAAUACUACGACAGGCAUACGGCUGUGCCCCGAAUUAGCGGUCUCCAGCAAUUCCUUACUCAGCCGUGUCCAAAGGAGAUUGGCAUCGUCCAGUGUGAAAUUGAACGUGUCAAAAUCAGCUCCAAGAAAAGGAAAGGUGUGAGCAUGAAAGGUCGGUUGUUCCCCACGUACGAGUAUCGUCUCUUCAUCAAAGACCGACAGCAUAGCAAGGCUACCGGCGAAGGUGCCGAUAGCACGUUCACCGAAGACACUGGCAUUAGAAGGGACACCGUUCUGAUGGUUGCCAAGAAUCGAGGUCGCAAACACGUUGACACUUCUGGUGUUGUGUCGCUCACCCCCGCAGCCAAAAAAGGUGCCAACAACUACUACCUCUAUACGCCACAGCAAGCGGACGUUGACACGCACUUCAAUUCCAUCAACGAGACGGAUGAGGAGGUGACUGGCAAUAUCAAUGGUGUGUCCAUGUCAACGCCACCACCUUCAUCGUUGUCUCCGCCUGUCCUUCUUGGACGUCUUCAGAGCAAUUUCAUUGGUACUGAAUUCCAAAUUUACACGCCAAAGCUUCGAAAGAGCCUUCCUUCUGGGAAACAGUUGCGUCGUUGCACUAGCUUGAACGAAGCGCACGGUUCAUAUGACGAAGAUGCAGAUUACGAAAGUGGUGCGGCCAGUGACACGGGGACACCCAGUAGUCGCAGACGAAGUCGUUUUGGUCGUCUUACGCUGCGACGAAGCAGCAGUCACGCGACAAGUGCAUCCAGCAGCGACCCUGCUCUCAACAGCCCAUCCCCUUCCCGAGCCAGGUCACGUUCUCGGUCGCGAUCUCAGAAGGAGACCUCCACUAUGAGGGCCCUACGAAUGAAUCGACGGGCAAUCGCCAAUCUAACCGAUGCUGCUCCCGAGGGCGGGAGCGAUACAUCCAUCAAUCAUCAACCCUUCUUGUGCGAAGAGGAAGAUGGCGUUAUCACGUACACUGCUAACCUUCUCGGAAGUCGACCGAGAAUCAUGGACGUGUGCAUUCCCAAGUUAACGACUGACGGAUCUAUUGGAGGCGUUUGGCGGAACUAUCUUGAGAACAAUGAGGAUGUGGACGACUGUGCGCCGUACAACCGCAUGCUCAAUUGCUUCAAACAAUUACAACAGCACCUUGAGAGCCAAAACGACAACGAAGGCGACGGACAAAACGAGAGCGAGGACGACGAUCAAGCAAAUGACGAUUUCGGACUUCUAGCGCUGCAAAACAGACCGCCAUGGUGGAACAUUGAGUUGGGCUCGUUUGUUCUGAACUUUCGUGGAAGAGUGAGCGUUGCGUCGGUCAAGAACUUCCAACUUUGUGAUCGCAACGAUCAUGAUCACAUCAUGCUUCAGUUUGGACGUAUACAAGGAAGGCAUUCGUUCACGAUGGACUACCAGUAUCCAUUGACUGCUGUGCAGGCCUUCUCUAUUGCGAUCUCCUCGCUUCAAUCGAAGAUUUCGUUUGGAUAA